AUGGUUUAUUUAUUUGAUGUACCUGCUUAUUUCAUCCUCUUGCGUGAAACGCUUGAGGUCACGAUUAUUCUCGCCGUGCUCUUGGGGUUUAUCGACAAACUGGUCCCGGAACAAGAAAAUGGUUUGCGAAGAAGGAUGAAAAAGCAAAUAUGGAUCGGUACCGCUUGUGGUUUAUUAGUUUCACUAGUCAUUGGAGCGGUGUUUAUUACCAUCUUCUACACCCUGGCCAGGAACUU